AUGAACACUGGCAAAGAUUCAAAGAGAGUUGGUGUGGGUCCACUGCUGGAGGUCUGCUUGAAGAUUCAGAAAGCCUGGAUUGAGAGGACAUUUCAGAAAAGGGAAUGUGUCCAAAUUAUUCCCAGCAAAGACGCAAGCAGGUGCUGCUGUGGUCAGCUGGUGGCCCAACAUGCUACCAUCCUGCCCAGAGCCAAAGAGGAAGGCAGUCCACUGGUUCAGAUAGAGGUACAGCCUGCAGAGCGCUGGUCCGUACUCAAACACACCCAAGCCACGCCCACCGACGCCUACGGCAUCAUCGAGUUCCAGGGAGGAGGCCAUGUGAACAAGGCCAUGUACAUCCGGGUGUCCUACGAUUCCAAACCGGACAACCUGCUCCAGCUCAUGGUUAAAGACUGGCAGUUGGAACUUCCCACGCUGCUCAUCUCUGUCCAUGGAGGCCUGCAGAACUUUGAUCUGCAGCCCAAACUCAAGCAGGUUUUCGGGAAGGGCCUCAUCAAAGCUGCCGUCACCACCGGAGCCUGGAUCUUUACCGGCGGAGUCAGCACUGGGGUGAUCCGCCAUGUUGGAGAUGCAUUAAAAGAUCAUUCGUCGAAGUCCAGGGGGAAGGUCUGUGCCAUCGGCAUCGCGCCAUGGGGCAUUGUGGAGAAUAAAGAAGAUCUCAUUGGGAGAGAUGUGACAAGGCCCUACCAGACCAUGUCCAACCCCCUCAGUAAGCUGUCAGUCCUCAACAACAGCCACUCCCACUUCAUCCUGGCGGACAACGGGACUUGUGGCAAGUAUGGAGCUGAGGUCAGGCUCCGCCGCCAGCUGGAGAAACACAUCUCUCUGCAGAAGAUCAACACACGUCUGGGGCAGGGUGUCCCUCUUGUGUGUCUGAUUCUGGAAGGUGGUCCCAAUGUGAUCUCCAUCGUGCUAGAGAGCCUGAAGGAAGAGCCUCCAGUCCCUGUUGUUGUCUGUGACGGCAGUGGGCGGGCCUCCGACAUCAUUUCCUUUGCUCACAGAUACUGUGAGGAAGAUGGGGUGGUGAGUGACAGUGUCAGAGAUCAGCUGUUGGUCACCAUCCAGAAAACCUUCAACUACAGCCGCAGUCAGGCACAGCAGAUCUUCAUCAUGGUCAUGGAGUGCAUGAAGAAGAGAGCACUGAUCACAGUGUUUCGCAUGGGUUCAGAGGGGCAGCAGGACAUCGAGAUGUCCAUCCUGACAGCUCUGCUGAAAGGUACCAAUGCCUCAGCACCAGACCAGUUAAGUCUGGCUCUGGCAUGGAACAGGGUGGACAUUGCUCGCAGUCAGAUCUUUGUCUAUGGACACCACUGGCCUCCCGUGAGUGCCUUGCCCAGCGACCGGCCAAAAAGCCCAGCAGCUGUCCAGCGUGGAGGUGGAGGUGGGGGGGCAGGUAAAGGGAAAGCCAGGGGGAAGAAAGGCAAGGGUGCCAAAACCAAACCAGAACCACCUGAAGAGACAGACCCCAGAAAGCUGGAGCUGCUCAACUGGGUGAACUCUCUGGAACAGGCCAUGAUGGAUGCCUUGGUGCUAGACAGAGUGGACUUUGUCAAGCUGUUAAUAGAAAAUGGUGUCAACAUCCACCACUUCCUCACUAUUCCUCGCCUGGAGGAGCUGUACAACACGAGAUUAGGUCCAACCAACACACUGCACUUUGUGGUCAGAGAUGUGAAAAAGGGGAACCUUCCACCAGAUUACCAAAUUACCUUGAUUGACAUUGGACUGGUGCUGGAAUUCCUUAUGGGUGGAGCGUACCGCUGCAAUUACACCAGGAAGAGUUUCAGGAUGCUCUACAAUAACCUGUAUGGCUUGAAAAGGCCUAAAGCUCUGAAACUUCUAGGAAUGGAGGAUGAUGAGCCCCGGCCCAAAGGCAAAGGCAAGAAGACCAAGAAGAAAGAGGAGGAGAUCGACAUUGAUGUCGAUGACCCAGAAGUCAGCAGGUUCCAGUACCCAUUCCAUGAGCUGAUGGUGUGGGCUGUGCUGAUGAAACGCCAGAAAAUGGCACUUUUCCUGUGGCAACGGGGAGAGGAGGCCAUGGCCAAGGCCCUGGUGGCCUGUAAGCUCUACAAGGCCAUGGCCCAUGAGUCAUCACAGAGUGAACUGGUUGAUGACAUCUACCAGGAUCUAGAGAACAAUUCCAAGGAAUUUGGUCAGCUAGCCUAUGAGCUCUUGGACCAGUCGUACAAGCAUGAUGAGCAGGUUGCCAUGAAGUUGCUGACUUAUGAACUGAAGAACUGGAGUAACUCUACAUGUCUGAAACUAGCUGUGGCUGCAAAGCACAGGGAUUUCAUUGCCCAUACGUGCAGCCAGAUGCUUCUGACCGACAUGUGGAUGGGCUGCCUGAGGAUGGGCAAGAGCAACGGUCUGAAGGUGAUUUUAGGCAUCAUUUUUCCUCCCUCAAUUCUUCUUUUGGAUUUUCGGAUCGGAGAAGACGCUACAUGUAAUUCCUUUAAGGAGAAUGGCGAGGGCAAAGAGAAGGAUGAUGACAAGUCCAGCAAGGAUGCUGUCUCUAAUAUUGACACCAUGUCUAAGAAGGGUGAUGAAGAGGACAACCACAAGAAACAGAGGCGGAGAAUUCCCAUUGCAAAGAUGAUCUAUGAGUUUUACAACGCUCCUUUCACCAAAUUCUGGUUUAACACUAUUUCCUAUCUCGUGUAUCUGAUGCUGUACAACUACAUCAUUCUUGUCAAAAUGGAGAGAUGGCCCUCGCUGCAGGAGUGGAUCGUCAUCUCUUACAUCAUCACUCUGGGACUGGAGAAAGUCAGACAGAUCCUGAUGUCGGAACCAGGGAAACUGAAGCAAAAGAUCAACGUUUGGCUGGAGGAGUACUGGAACAUCACAGACCUGGUGGCCAUUUCUGUCUUCCUGGUGGGGCUGCUACUGCGGCUACAGAACGAGCCCUACAUGGGCUAUGGCCGAGUCAUCUACUGUGUCGACAUCAUCUUCUGGUACAUCCGAGUCCUGGACAUCUUUGGCGUCAACAAGUAUCUGGGGCCUUACGUCAUGAUGAUUGGCAAAAUGAUGAUUGACAUGCUUUACUUUGUGGUGAUUAUGCUGGUGGUGCUGAUGAGCUUCGGCGUGGCACGACAGGCCAUUCUUCACCCAGAUGAGGAGCCAACAUGGCGCCUGGCCCGCAACAUCUUCUACAUGCCCUACUGGAUGAUCUACGGCGAGGUGUUUGCAGAUUCCAUAGACCUCUAUGCGAUGGAAAUCAAUCCACCCUGUGGUGACAACAUGUAUGAUGAGGAUGGGAAGAAACUCCCUCCCUGUAUUCCUGGAGCCUGGCUUACUCCAGCCAUCAUGGCCUGUUACCUCCUCGUGGCAAACAUCCUGCUUGUCAACCUACUCAUCGCUGUCUUCAACAACACCUUCUUUGAGGUGAAGUCCAUCUCCAACCAGGUUUGGAAAUUCCAGCGUUACCAGCUGAUCAUGACCUUCCAUGACCGUCCAAUCCUUCCUCCUCCACUCAUCAUCUUCUCCCACAUCUACAUCGUCCUCAAGCAUCUCUGCUGCCGCUGUAAGAGAAAGCAGGAGGGUGACCAGGAUGACAGAGACAGAGGACUCCAGCUGGUACUGAAUGCAGAGGAGCUGAAGAGUCUGUAUGAAUUUGAGGAACAGUGUGUGGAGGAAUAUUUCCGUGAGAAAGAGGAUGAAAAACAGUCGUCCAACAGUGAGAGAAUCAGAGUCACCUCUGAAAGGGUGGAGAACAUGUCCAUGCGCCUGGAGGAAGUGAAUGAGAGGGAGCACUCCAUGAAGGCCUCUCUGCAGACAGUGGACCUCCGCCUUGCUCAGCUGGAAGAGUUCUCUACCCGGAUGAUGAAUGCUUUGGAGAAGCUGGCGGGCAUUGACAAAACCGAGCUAGUCCGGACUCACUCUAGGGGAUCUUCCAUCUGUGAACCAAGCGCACUGCUCCGCCACAGCAGCGUCAACAGCGCUGACGGAUACAGCCUCUACCGCUACCACCUAGAUACUGACGAACGGCAAUCUGUGUCUGGAGAUAUGGAGGCUGGCAACAGGAAAGCCCAGCUCAGCAACGAGAGACAAGGAAGCAUCAGUGAGGGUAUUCCUAUAUCAGGUGAUGGGAACACUACCAUCAAGGAGUAUGGCUUGACAGUGGAGUCUGUGGGACUAAAAGACCACAUUCAUUCCAGCUCCAGCGUUGACAUCCUGAUAUCCUCUUGUGACCCAGACCAGAAAACCUCUCCAGCAGAAGAAACCUCCCCAGCUUCAGCUGAACCUAUCCCUGUCACAAUGGGUGAUGUCCUGGAAAAAGUAAAGGCUGAGGAGAAAACCAAACUGAAUGCAGCUGUUUCAUACCCCCUUGAAAGGUCAAAAAUCAUGCACUAUUUACCCUCACCCACUCUCAGUGGCUCCCCACCAUCUAACAGGAGGUCCAUGAGUGGUAUCAUGUACAACUCCACAGAUGGAGAAAAAGAGAAGAACUGUGUCACCAACCCUACCACAGCAGCCACCCUCUCAGAGUACCUUUCACCCUUUGGCCAGGUGCCCAAAGUAUCUGUGUCCAGUGACAACAUACCCAAAGCCAGUGAAGGUGACCAGGAAGUUAAAGAGGAAAUACCUAAACUCUCUGCUGGGGAACACAAAGUAGAAACGACAGACGGUAACCAGGGUAGGGGGAGUGAGGAGGCACUGCAAGACUCAGAACAUUUGCUGGUGGCCGAGGACAGGGUGUACCCGGCGCUCAGGUCCAAGAGCCUGAACACCAACCCUCGCAAGGUGAAGAAGAAGAAGGAAAGUCAGGAGAAACAUCUUUCAGCUGGUAGUGUCAAAGACCUGGUGGCAGCGUUUGAUGGCCCUGGGGAAAAGGCUGGUGGACAAUCCACGACAGGUUCCAAACACAGUGCUGCCUGUUAAUAUUGGAUGGCUGGUGCUUGCUGGAUUAGGUUUGGUUUGUUAUGGUAUUUCAUUUAUCUUUUAUUUGCUUAUUACACAGGGCAGUAUCUGCAUAUUAACAUGCCAAAGUCAGUACCAUCAGUGGAAAUGUCACUUUGUUUGUUUAUUAUUAUUAUAAUUAUUAUUAUUAUUCACAAUAAUAAUAAUAAUAAUUUAUGCAUUUUCAGAUUGUUACAAACAUAUGGAAAAGGGAUAGUAAAGCAGGUUUAAAUAAAAUGCAGUAAAGAAGAUCAUCAAUUUAUAAAAAUGAAUGACUUCAAAAUGAGA